AUGUGCGGGAUUCUCGCUUUGAUCCUCGCGAACACCGCGUCCGCGGACGUUGCGCUUGACCUCCACGAAGCCCUCUAUCUCCUCCAACAUCGCGGCCAGGAUGCCUGCGGAAUCGCUACCUGUGUGGCGGGUGGAAGAAUCUACCAGUGCAAGGGAAACGGAAUGGCAGCGAAAGUCUUCGACAAUGGCUCUAGGACGUUGGAUUUGCCCGGCUUCAUGGGUGUGGGCCAUCUAAGAUACCCGACGGCAGGGAGCAGUGCCAAUGCCGAAGCUCAGCCAUUCUACGUCAACAGUCCUUAUGGCAUCUCACUAGCGCAUAAUGGGAACCUCAUCAACGCACCUGAGUUGAGGCGCUACCUGGAUCUGGAGGCUCACAGGCACAUCAACACCGACAGCGACAGCGAGCUGAUGCUCAACAUCUUUGCAAGCGAGCUCAACGAGACCGGGAAAGCGCGUAUCAACAAGGACGAUGUUUUCGCGGCGCUGAGUAGGAUGUAUGAAAAGUGCAAGGGUGGUUGGGCAUGCACGGCAAUGAUCGCCGGUUACGGCCUGAUCGGUUUUAGAGACCACUUUGGAAUCCGUCCAUUGGUACUUGGCGCAAGAGAGUCAGCAGAUGGCGCCGGAAAAGACUACAUGAUGGCUUCAGAGUCGGUCGCCCUGACCCAACUCGGUUUCUCAGUCGUCCGCGACAUCCUCCCGGGCGAAGCUGUUCUCAUAGAGAAGGGUCAAGAGCCGCACUUCCGGCAAGUGCAGCAACGCAAGACGUAUGCCCCGGAUAUCUUUGAGUACGUCUAUUUCGCUCGCCCUGAUUCCAUCAUGGAUGGCAUCAGUGUGCAUCGCAGUCGCCAGCACAUGGGUGUUAGACUUGCUGCGCAGGUCAAGAAGGUGUUGAGCCCCGAGGAUCUGGGAGAAAUCGACGUUGUCAUUCCUAUCCCCGAAACUUCUGUCACCUCGGCAGCAGUGGUGGCCAAGAUGUUGGACAAAGAAUACGUUCAGGGGUUUGUGAAGAAUCGAUAUGUGUUCAGGACAUUCAUCAUGCCGGAGCAGAAGACUCGGCAAAAGAGUGUGCGUCGCAAACUCAACCCCAUGCCAAUGGAGUUCAAGGAUCGGAACGUUCUCCUUGUGGAUGACAGCAUUGUUCGCGGAACGACCAGUCGGGAGAUUGUGACAAUGGCUCGUGAAGCGGGAGCGAAAAAGGUCCAUUUUGCCAGUUGCGCUCCUCCGAUCACGCAUGCGCACAUCUAUGGGAUCGACCUGGCAUCGCCAUUUGAACUGGUGGCACACAAUUAUCAUGGAGCGGAGGCGAUCGCCAAGCACAUUGGAGCGGACAGCGUCAUUUACCAAACACUCGACGAUCUGAAAGCGGCGUGUGUCGAUGCCGCUCGGGAAGCUAAAGCAGUCGAUGCCCCGAACGACUUUGAAGUGGGGGUCUUUUGUGGCACCUACAUUACUCCUGUUGACCAGGGGUACUUUGAACACCUCGAACAGAUCAGAGGCCAGACACGCAAAUUCAAGGUUGUUGACGAGGCGAGACGAGCCGUGGUACACGGAGUGGCAGAAGAGCAUCAGAUCCAACUCGCUACCAAUGGAGCGGUGGUGAACCCGAAUGGCGAGGUUGUUCCGGCUAUCAAUGGUGUGCGCAAGCAGUCGGUCCACACUGACUUUAUGGACUCACAUCGAGGGUCGGCCGCGUCAAUGGGAAUGGAGGAGGAAAGCCCGACCGUCCGCGAUCGGAUGGAUAUAGCUCUGCACAAUCUUGGAGACUUCCCCAGGUACGAGUGA